AUGAAGAAUUUUGAUUUUUAUUGGUUUAAACAAAUUGUUGCAAAUAAUGGAAAGUUAGAGAGGAGGCUGUCAUUAGGCGAGUACAAGAGAGCGGUUUCUUGGUCAAAGUACCUUGUUUCAUCUGGAGCUGAGAUAAAGGGAGAAGGAGAAGAGGAAUGGAGUGCAGAUAUGUCUGAGUUAUACAUAGGGGACAAAUUUGCCACUGGAAGGCAUAGUAGGAUUUAUAGAGGUAUUUAUAAGCACAGGGAUGUGGCCAUCAAGCUCAUUAGUCAGCCUGAAGAGGAUAGUGACUUGGCUGCAUUGCUGGAGAAGCAGUUCACUUCUGAGGUCAACCUGUUGCUGAGGCUUAAUCAUCCCAAUAUUAUCACAUUUAUUGGAGCAUGUAAGAAACCACCCGUGUUUUGCAUUAUUACUGAGUACUUACCCGGGGGCUCCUUACGAAAAUUCCUCCAUCAGCAGGUGCCGCAUUCUCUUCCGCUUAACCUUGUCCUGAAGCUGGCUCUUGACAUAGCACAUGGAAUGGAAUAUCUCCAUUCGCUGGGAAUAUUGCACAGGGACCUUAAAUCAGAAAACCUACUUCUUGAUGAUUCAAUGUGUGUAAAAGUUGCAGAUUUUGGCAUAUCAUGCUUGGAAUCCCAAUGUGGUAGUGCAAAAGGGUUCACUGGCACUUACCGCUGGAUGGCACCUGAAAUGAUCAAGGAAAAACAUCAUACCAAAAAGGUGGACGUUUAUAGUUUUGGCAUCACCCUUUGGGAGCUCUUAACUGCAUUGACUCCAUUUGAUGACAUGACUCCUGAACAAGCAGCUUUCGCAGUCUGCCAGAAGAAUGCGAGACCUCCAUUGCCUUCAACAUGUCCUUUGCCAGUUCGUCGCCUCAUCAGCCGGUGCUGGUCACCUAAUCCUAACAAGCGACCCCACUUCGAGGAGAUUGUUUCAGUUUUAGAACGAUACACAGAAUCCCUCGAGCGAGAUCCAGAAUUCUUUUUAUCACAUGAACCUCGUGAACAGCAGCAACUUAUUCGAUGCCUACCCCGGUGUCUAGCUAAUUGCCGGUCUGCUUCUACAAACCUGGCUAAUCGGGGCCAUGCUUGA